AUGGAAAUACCUGCGCCAGAGAAUCUCUGUGUGGACCUGCAGACAACACCGGCCUCUGUGAGGUGGACAAAGCCAGCUGGAGUGGACAAUGUGUCUUACCUUCUGGACCUGCUCAGAGACGGGGAAUGUCUGAACACAGUUCACACAGACAGUGUUGAGUUCCUCCUGACUGGCCUGCAGCUGGACACAGAGUACGCCGUUAGUGUGUCCACUAUACUGGAUGGUCGUGAUGGCCUGAGAGAGCGCUCAGAUGGUCUCCGAAUAGUGCUGCUGGGGAAGACUGGAGUUGGGAAGAGCUCGACAGGAAACACCAUCUUAGGGGGAGAAGCGUUUGAGGCAAAAGCAUCUGCUGAAUCAGUUACUAGCACGUGUCAGAGACAUUCAGCUGAAGUCUGUGGAAGGCAGAUUACAGUGAUUGACACUCCAGGGUUGUUUGAUACUGAUCUUGAUAAUGAGGACAUCCAGAAAGAAAUCACAAACUGCAUCUCACUGGUGCUGCCAGGCCCACAUGUGUUCCUCUUGUUGUUACAAGUGGGACGAUUUACUGCAGAAGAGAGACAAGCAGUAGACAUCAUUCAAAGCACGUUUGGUGAAAACUCCAUUAAGUACACUAUAGUGCUCUUCACCAGAGGAGAUGAUCUAAAGAAUACACCCGUAGAAGAGUUCCUGGGAAAGCCUGGAUCUUCUCUUAUGAUCCUUACUGAACAAUGUGGUAAUAGAUACCAUGUGCUCAACAACGAGACCAAAGACCGUGCUCAGGUCUCUGCUCUCCUGGAUAAGAUCGACUACAUGGUGGCAGUGAAUGGAGGAGGUUAUUACACUAGUAGGAUGUUCCAGCAGGUGGAGAAGGCUCUCCAAGAAGAGAGAGAGAUGAAGAUGAAGGAGAGAGAGGAGGAACUGAUUAGAGAAAUGGAGGACAUGAGAAUGGAGAAAGAAGCUCUUCAGGCCAAAUAUAAAGACAAAAUGGAGAGAAUGAAGCAGAAAAUGGAACAGGAAAGAAAUAAUACAGAUGAAGAGAAAAGAAGAAGAGAAAAAGAGUUCAUGGAAAGAGAGCAGCGAUUUAAAACAGAAAUGAAAGAGAAAGAAGAGCAGAAGGAAAAGAUGCAAAUAGAAAGAGCAAGAGAACGAGAGGAAUGGGAGAAACAGAAUCAACAGGAACGGAAGAAAAGAGAUGAAGAAGAGAAGAGGAGAAAGGAAGAGGAGCAGAUUUGGAGUGAACGUUACGAGAAACUUAAACAAGACAUGGAGAGAAUACAGCAGGAGAGAGGAAAACUUGAGGGAGAGAAAAAAGACCUGGAGGUGAAUUAUAGAGCAGAGAUAGAGAGAAUUGAACAAGAAAGACAAGAAAGGGAGAGGAAGAUGAAAGACAGAGAGGAGGAGAUGAUUAGCGGAAUGGAUGACAUGAGAAAAGAGAAAGAAGAUCUUCAGGCCAAAUAUAAAGCAAACCUGGAGAGAAUGAAGCAGACAAUGGAACAAGAGAGAAACAGUGCAGAUGAAGAG